AUGGCUGUUUAUACGGGCCAUUUGGGCGGGAUUACCGAGUCCGUCAUGCAGUACAAUGAACUCUCUGGACCUGCAUUCGUUACCUUCAUGUUCUUCGCUUUGUUAUUUGCAGCAUUGUGCUCCAAGACGCCCACUAGAUCAACUCCGCCAUACAGGGAUCGCGACUACUUGCACAUCCAAGACUUGCUGAAUCCCGAGGUUCGGAAGCAUCAUUUGGACUUCAACGCGCAUCUCCACGACCGUUUCGAGGGCAAGCGCUUCGUUGAGGUCAGAGGAGAGCCUGGGACCUUUGUUGCCUUCUCGUACGCGACCUGCAAGGAGGUGAUGAGCGACCACGCCUCAUUCAGCUCCAAUCCUUUCAAAGACGACCGCUUGGUAGCGCUGAACACCAUGUCCAAGGCCGACCACGCAAGGGUUUUGAAGUGCGUGCACAAGUAUUACACCCAGGAUGCCGUGCAAAAUUUGCACGGACGCGUCAAGGAGGUGAUUGAGAAAUGCACUGCGGACUUGAGUGCGGGCAAGGUGGACGUUGUGUGCUGGGCCAAGAGAAUUCACAUGUCCGGGACGCUUGCGCGCCUGGGCCUGAAUCUCGACUGGGAAGCUGUGGAUGAGAUCGUGAAACUGAACGAUGCCAUGGUGACACUGGUGGCUCCUCUUGGUGGAGUUGGUCAGCGCUACUCAACUCUUUCGAGGACCUGGAUGUUGCCCUUCUUCUCAGGCUUGGUGCGAAGUAUUUGGCCGACUCUGCUCAUGGCAUGGACUCUUGGAUUGCGAUGUACUUGGAAGAUCAUCAGGCCUGAUGUCACCGUCUUACAUCCACCGCCCAGACCACGCAUGGGCCUGUGGUGGCACCCCGAGCUGCUGCCUCUAGUUCCAAGGUAUUUCCUUUCGCUACAUCGAAUCCUGCAACAGGACUCUGAUGGGCCACUGAGUGGAAUCAAACAGGGUAUAAGCAACGGUGACAUCAGCUUGGCAGAGGCCCUGACCCUCAUGGUACAGCUCAUGGUGAACAUGACCUCCGCCAACGCAUUGUGCUCGCUUGUUUUCCGGCUGGCCACCGAGAAAACAGCAGCGAAGGAGGUGUUCGCAGAUUUGCCCAGUCUCGGAGAUGCCUUCAUACAAGAGGUUCUUCGUCUAGACGCUCCGUUGCAGCGCAACCCUCGAAGAUGUGUGCAAGUCGGUCCAAAGUGGAAGGCCGAAGGCACCGAAGGGGUGCGCGUGGGAUCUCAGAUCUUACUCUUCCUGGGAGCAGCCAACAUGGAUCCUGCCGUCUUCGACGGCCCGCAGGAAUUCAGGUUGGACAGAAAGGGAGAUCAGCCAGCAUUGACGUUUGGCAGUGGGAUGCACUACUGCCUUGGCAGCAGUUUGGUGAAGCUAGAGAUGCGACUGGCGUUGGAGCAUCUCAAGAAGUUCAGCUCCAUCGAGCUGAGCGGCGACUAUGAGCGGCUAGCAGAUGUUGAUGUUGGCAAUUGGGGCUUCUGUCACUUGGGCGUCCGCUUGAAGUGA